AUGUUACAGCUCUGUAAGAUCACCGACUCUUUGCUAAUCAGUAAUUCUAGAGCAGCCUGCAACAAAGAACUCCUCACUCAAGAGGGAGUUACAUUCUGUAUUAAUGUCUCCAGGCAGCAGCCAUUCCCAGGCCUUCACCACGUCCGAAGCCUGCGCAUUCCUGUUUUUGAUGACCCUUUGGAGGACUUGUAUAAGUAUUUUGAACAGUGCAACAAUGCCAUAGAGGACACAGUACAAAGUGGUGGAAAAUGCUUAGUUUACUGUAAAAAUGGCCGCAGCAGAUCUGCAGCGAUCUGCACUGCCUAUCUGAUGAGACACCAAAAUCUCACUCUCAAGGAUGCCUUUGAGACUGUGAAGACUGCCAGACCAGGAGUAGAGCCCAACGCAGGAUUCUGGACUCAGCUGCAGAGAUAUGAAGAACAUUUACAGACGCAGCAUCAGUUGGGUCAUUCUUCUGAAAAAAUGAUUUCUUCCAAAUAA